AUGGAAAGAAUUAGAUCCUUAACAGGACAUUUGGGAGUUGAUGAUAGUUCAUCACCAUUGUCAACGAAUGAUACUGCAUCGUUGGUCCAACCACUCAAGACUUCAACUCCACUCGAGUGGAGAAUUCCAGUGUUGGACGAUUUCAAGGUCGAGAAGUUAAAGAGUACAAUCCUCGGACAUCCAGACGAGGAGAAUAUCGAGAACCGUAGAUUGUUGCUCGAGGCGAUGAGAGAUCCACUGUUCAGACCACAGCUCUAUGCCACCGUGCCAGAGCAACGCGAGCUCACCCUCAAGCGUUUGAGAAAGGUGUCCGAGCUGCGCAUUCUCAAAAUGGGCGAGAUCGCUCAAAAGUUCAAGCGCUUCGUCAGCUUCCAAGAGUCUUUGGUCCUGUGCGACAUGUCCCUCUCGGUCAAGUCAUCCGUGCACUGGGGUCUGUUUGCCGGUAGUGUCGUGUUCCUUGGCACUGAGAAGCAUAGACAAUACUUUGACGACAUUGAUAUUUGCAAUAUUCUCGGUUGUUUCGCUCUGACCGAGAUGGGACAUGGCAGCAAUGUCAAGGGAAUCGAGACACUGGCCGAGUAUGACAAUCGCACUCGCGAGUUUGUCAUCCACACACCAAACGAUACCGCUCAAAAGAUGUGGAUUGGCAAUGCCGGUGUUCACGGAACAAUGGCCACAGUGUUUGCCAACCUGGUGGUCAAUGGUGAGAACCAUGGCCUGCAUCCAUUCCUCGUCCAGAUCCGUGAUCCAAAGACCAAUGCCACAAUGCCAGGUGUCACAGCCGCUGACAAUGGCCCAAAGAUGGGACUAAAUGGUGUGGACAAUGGACGUCUGUGGUUCAACAAGGUUCGUAUUCCCUACGACAACUUGCUGGAUCGUUUCGGUGGAGUCAACGAGAAGGGAGAGUACACCACCCCAAUCAAGAAUCCAAACGUGCGCCAGAACUCAAUGUUGGAGGCACUCAUUGGAGGCAGAGUCACCGUCGGUGCCAUGGCCCUCCAGGCUGCCAAGCUUGGACUCACCAUCGCCGUUCAAUACGCACUGCAGCGUCGCCAGUUUGGCAACCCAGAGGAGUUGCUCAUCGACUACCUCACUCACCAGCGUCGCCUGUUCCCCUUGAUCGCCGCCACCUACGCCUACCAGAUCACCUCGCAUUACAUCAUCGACAAGUUCAGCACUCGUUCCGAGAAGGACGCUCGUGACGUCUUCCUGAUGGCCUGUGGUCUCAAGGCCACCGUCACAUGGCAUCGUUCAGAGACCCUGCAGAUCUGUCGUGAGUCCUGUGGAGGCUUUGGCUUUGCCGCCAGCAGCCGAAUUGGUCUUUACAAGAACGACGCCGACGUCGAUCUCACCUACGAGGGUGACAACACAGUCCUGAUGCAAGCUGUCGCCAAGGCACUGUUGAUGGAGUUCAAGUCCUACUUCACUGGCGCCAAGGCCAUCACUGGCAUGCUCAGCUACACCUACUCAAAGGGCCACAUCGGCAUCUUCCUGCGCAACAAGAACUUCUUUGUCAAGCGUCUUCACACCGAGGCACAUCUCCUCGACCCAGAAAUGCUGCUCGACGCCUUCAUCUACCGCGAGUUCAAGGUUCUUCGCCAACUUGUCAAGUCACUUCGCACCAAGGUCAAGAGCGAGAAGAUGACUGGAGCCAAGGCUUGGAACGCCUCUUUGGACUUGGUCAUGAAGCUGGCCACCUGCUACGUCGAGCGUCUAACCAUCGAGAGAUUCCUUCAGGAGAUCCAAAAGUCAUCCGAUGAUGUCAAGCCAAUCCUCAACCUACUCUGUGUACUUUUCUGUUUGACAAAGAUUGAGCGCGACAUGGGAUGGUUCUUGUCCAACAAGUACUUUGCACCAGUCAAGGCUCAGGCUAUUGAGAAUGCAAUCAACAAGGUCUGUGUGUCCAUGAGGGAUCACGCACUUCCCUUGGUUAAGGCUUUCGAUAUCCCAGACUACCUCAUCAGUGCACCAAUCGCUGGAGACUAUGUUGCUCACUUCUCCGAUCCAAAGAACUACUAA